CCUUAAAAAGAAAUAAAGAUUUGUGGCUUUCCACCUGUAAGAUCCGAUGGAACCCCUUCAAAGUUGACUCUAAUCAAUCCAACUUCAAACUCGUCAUCUUCAAACUAAUUGCAGAGUAGCAGCAAUGUCUUCAACCAAAGUCUACAUAGUGUAUUACUCUUUAUUUGGGCAUGUCGAGGUUAUGGCUAGAGAAGUGUUAAGAGGAGCUUCUUCUGUUGAAGGCGUUGAAGCUUCAUUAUGGCUGAUACCUGAGACACUUCCCCAAAGGGUAUUGGAUAAAAUGAAGGCUCCUCCAAAGCCGAGUGAUGUGGGAAUAAUUAAACCAGAAGAGCUAGUGAAUGCGGAUGGGUUUCUUUUUGGCUUUCCCUCUCGAUUUGGAAUGAUGCCUGCACAAUUUCUGGCCUUUUUUGAGGCCAGCUACGAGUUAGCGGCAUCUCAGUCACUUGCUGGUAAGCCUGCAGGCGUCUUUUGGAGUACUGGCUUCUAUGGUGGAGGUCAGGAGAACGCUGCAUUGACAGCCGUUACUCAGUUGUCACACCAUGGUAUGUUAUAUGUUCCUCUGGGAUACACCUUCGGGGAUGGCAUGUUUGAAAUGUGCGAGGUGAAGGGUGGCUCUUCAUAUGGUGCAGGAACAUUUGCAGGAGAUGGAUCUCGGCAACCAUCUGAUCUUGAACUUCAGCUGGCUUUUUACCAAGGUAAGUAUCUUGCUCAAGUAGCAAAGAAGCUCAAGAGUUGAAACCUUGUUGGUACGACAUACCCAUUGAACAUCAUUCAUUAUUCAAACAUCAAGAAAUACCAAGUGUAUAAUAUACCUUUUCACAUUUGUACUUCGUUGAACUAUACUACUUGAAUUAAGAUCAAAAUCUUGAUGUUAAUCUAAGAUUCACUAUCUUUUAA